CCGCUCGGCUAAGCGGACGCACCAGCCGGAAAAACGCGCGGCGGCGGCGGUGGCGCAUCUCGGAAUCGGGUCCGGCUUGAACCCGGGUCGACGUCGUCGUCGUCGUCGUCGUCGUCGUCGUCCCCCUCGCUCAGCCCCGGGGCUGGCACCGUCGGCGGCAUGUCGUCGGAGGCGCGGAAGGGACCGGACGAGGCGGACGAGAGCCAGUGUGACUCCGGCAUCGAAUCGCUGCGUUCUCUGCGCUCCCUACCCGAGCCCAGCGCGGCUCCGGCCUCGGGGCCCUCGGACGGCGGCGGCCCCCAGCGCUGGACCCAUCCUCCUGGGACCUACAAGGAGCCAGGGGAGAAGGAAGACCCGGAUGGGGACAGGGCUGACUCCACCUAUGGCUCCUCAUCGCUCACCGAGCACUUGCCCUUGCUGGGGGGCCCAGAGGAAGCAAAGGAACCGGACCCGGACACCCCACCGCCCCCCACAGGGACGCUGAGCCCUCAGCAACUGGAAGCACUCACCUACAUCUCUGAGGAUGGAGACACACUGCUGCACCUGGCAGUGAUUCACGAAGCCCCGGCUGUGCUUCUCAGUUGCCUGGCGUUGCUGCCCCAGGAAGUCCUGGACAUUCAGAACAACCUUUACCAGACAGCACUUCAUCUGGCUGUUCACCUGGACCAGCCCGAUGCAGUCCAAGCUCUGGUGCUAAAAGGGGCCUGCCGAGUUCUACAGGACCAGCACGGAGACACGGCCCUACACGUGGCCUGCCGGCGCCAGCAUCUGGCCUGUGCACGCUGCCUGCUGGAGGAGCAGCCAGAGCCAGGCAGAGAGACAUCCCACUCCCUGGACCUCCAGCUGCAGAACUGGCAAGGUCUGGCCUGUCUCCACAUCGCCACGCUGCAGAGGAACCAGCCACUCAUAGAACUGCUGCUUCAGAAUGGAGCUGACAUCGACACACAGGAGGGCACCAGUGGGAAGACCGCAUUGCACCUGGCUGUGGAAACCCAGGAGUGCAGCUUGGUGCAGUACCUGCUCCAGGCUGGUGCCCGGGUAGAUGCCCGCAUGCUCAAUGGGUGCACGCCCUUGCACCUGGCAGCUGGCCGUGGCCUCAGCAGCAUCUCAUCCACUCUUUGUGAGGCUGGUGCCGACUCCCUGCUGUUGAAUGUAGAAGAUGAGACACCCCAGGACCUGGCUGAGGAUGUAAGAACUCCUUUCUUAUUUGCCCUUUGAUGACCUGAAAAUCUCUGGGAAGCCACUGUUGUGUGCGGAUUGAACCCAGCGCAGGAUCUGGAGCUCUGAAGGGUCUAUCCCUCCCCACCCGGAAGCUGGGGCCACGGCUGCUUGCUGCACUUUGGGCCCAAACAAUGUUCCCUUCUGCUGAGGCGAGUGCCUGAGACCACUACAGCCUGAGCUGAGAGAAGAGCCAGUCUGGAAGGAAGAGCUGAGAGGGUGGACUGGACAGAGAUUCUUGAAAGAGCCUCAAAGCCCAAGAUAUCCUGAGUGAAGCCUGUUUGCCUCUGUUGAAGGUGUCAGGGGCUGAAACUACCAGCCAGCAGGAAACUAGGGAUGCUGUCAGCUGGGAGGACUGAAAUAGGAGCAAGCCCGCCCCUGAGGGUCCCACCAAAGACAUUAUGGUUAUUAUUAUUAUUACUAUUUUGGUGGUACUGAGGAUUGCACCUAGAGCCUCAGGCAUGCUAGCACAGUACUCUCCUAUUGAGAUCUUUUUAAAAAAAUGUGAUAGGCCAGGCGCUGGUGGCACACACCUUUAAUCCCAGCACUCGGGAGGCAGAGGUAGGAGGAUCGCCAUGAGUUGGAGGCCACCCUGACACUACACAGUGAAUUCCAAGUCAGUCUGGGCUAAAAUGAGACCCUACCUCAAAAAAACAAAACAAAAAUUGUGAUAAGAUCCCACCAUGUUGCCUGGGAUGGCCUUGAACUAUUCUGUAGCCGAGGCAGGCUUUGGACCUGGGGUCCUCCUGUCUUAGCCUUCUGAGUAUUAAUAGACAUACAGGCCUACCACCGUCAGCCCUGGAAAAACACUUUUUUGCCUAAAGACUUCAUACAAAAGGCUUAGAACAGAACCUCUUUGGGAGGGGACAUUUUAGUAACAUGACACUACAGCAGAGACCGGUUAAGAAUGUUCCCCUUGAGUCAGAGGUAGGAAGAUCACCAUGAGUUCGAGGCCAUCCUGAGAAUACACAGUGAAUUAAUUCCAGUUCAUCCUGAGCUAGCGUGAGACCUUGCCUCAAAAAAAAGGCUUCCGUCUAGAAGUAUAUGAUAGGCAGGCCUGCUCUGUGACCCUGAGGUGGAGGCACAGAGAAGGAAAUUGGCCCUUGAGCAGGGUAGGGGAGCUGAGAGUUCUCAGGCCCAGUUUUGACCAGCGCAAGACCCUGAUCUUUCCUGUGGAAAUACCCAGGGAUGAAAAGGGAGGAAGAAGGAGAAGACAUAGGCCCUGGAGCCAGUCAUCCGGCCUGAGGAGUAUGGCCACAAGAGAGCUGCAACUCAACAUUUUUUUCCUCCCAUUCCACACAUUGAGGGCCCUCUACUGGCUCGUGGGAUAAACCAACCUGGUCUCUGCGCUUAGAUUUGUAAACUACGUGGAGUGUGUCUUGUGAGACAGCCAUAUUAAAGUCAUACCCAUCCAAAUAUA